AUGGACGAGUCCUCGCGCUGGCAAGAUUACUACCCUGCCCCAAAAGGUGAACGGAAGCUGCUAAACGGCAAGAGCAAGCCCGGCCCUGGACGCCUGGGCGAAGGCCUUCAUCCUCAUCGUGAUACGCCAGACAACAAUCCCUCAAUUCCGUUCGAAUUUACAGAGGAAAACAAAAAGCGUCUAGAUUCAAUCAUUGCCUGUUAUCCCAGUGCACACAAGGCCGCGGCCAUGAUUCCCGCUCUGGAUUUGGCUCAGCGUCAACAUGGAUGGCUACCCAUCUCUGCGAUGAACAAGGUUGCCGAAAUUUUGGGCGUACCGCCCAUGCGUGUGUACGAAGUGGCAACGUUUUAUACUAUGUUCAAUCGCCAACCUGUGGGCAAAUUCCACGUGCAGCUUUGCACUACAACACCUUGUAUGCUCGGUGGGGUUGGAUCCGAUCUCAUACUGGAUACUAUUCAGAAACACCUUGGCAUAAAAGCCGGCCAAACGACCAAGGACAACCUAUUCACACUGACAGAAGUCGAAUGUCUCGGAGCUUGCACCAACGCUCCAAUGAUGCAAAUCAAUGAUGAUUAUUAUGAGGAUCUCACCGCGGACGACACGAUACGAAUUUUGGAUGAACUCAAAGCCGGGAAAAAGCCGAAAAAAGGUCCUCAGAGUGGUCAAGGUGGACGUUUCGCCUCCGAACCCAAAGGUGGUCUCACCUCGCUCACCACAGAACCCCCCGGACCUGGAUUCAAAGUGCGCGCCGAUUUCUGUAGCACCCUUUUGGUGCCUAGCUGCCGUGCCACCCGAAGGUUGCACGAGGGCUGGGAUACUGUCAGGUUGCCCAAGCCUAGACAGGGGAAGUCGAGUGGGAGAGGUCGGGUUCGAACCACGGACCUUCCGGUCAGUAAAUUCGCGCUCUAA